CUCCCAGCAAGACACACAUCUUCCUAUUGCAGGGAUACAAGCCCCUUCCUCCAAAAGAAGCCGGCAGGAGGGUCUAACUGCAAACAGCCCGGCUUCUAGGUCGACAAGUUUUAACCGCUCUUUCCCGGUUGCCUACGGAGAGCUUUUUCUAAGACUGACACCGCUCAUCUUCGGUGACAUUUUACGUGACGCCUAACAAACUUCUAUCACCUGGCUGCUGACGUGGGGAGAAUGCGAAGAACCCAGAAAGAAACAACCCACUUCCUCUGCAAAACCGUUCUCCUCUGCUCCGGAACUGAGAAGCUACACCGGCGCUCUCUUGGUGCGAACCUUGGAAGUUGCGCGGGACCCGCGCCAGCCGCCGGCUGUCCCGACUGUCAAGGUGUAGGACCCGCACUCCUCGGGUGGCCCUGCAUCCCACCCGGGGCAACGUGGGCCACCCCCGAGAAUGGGAUGUCAGGGCAGAGGCGGGGAGCCCCACCGUCCCCCGCGCCGCGCCGCCUCGGAGGCUGCUCUGCUGCGCGCGCGCCCGGGGAAGGAAGGAAACCUUUCCGAAACCUCAACCAUCUGGAACUCAAAAACCCAUGUGCGGUUGACUGCGGCUUCUAGAAGGUCCAGGUGUCCUGCAGAUGCGAGAAUUUAUCCUGCAGUCACCAGACUGAGUCUGAGACAGAUGCAACGCUUGUGAUGUGGCUUGGAUGACCUUAUAUGUGGAGGGGUCACUUGUUGAGUGGCCAGUGAGUGGUCACUGAUACUGAUUUCUGACUGUCCAACCUAGCCAGAGGCUAGCUGCAGAGGGGAAGAGCGCCUCUGAUUGGUCAAGCCAAGUUAGGAGUUGCCAGUUACCCAACUCUUGAAUUAGAUUUCCAAAUCUAAUUGGAAAUUCAUUGGAGGUCUUGCUUCUGUGGUCUCCACUGUACUUGUAGCCAUCAUCCCUGUCACCACCACUGCCACCAGUAUGUUUUCUCAACCUUCUCUCCAACUCCCCUGAGGCUUCCUGCAUUGAAAGUGAGCAGAAAGAGUCUGGGAGAAGACCCUAGUGGUGGCCCACCAUCGCGCCAGACAACUGGAAUCUUCCCCUUCCUACCAUGGGCUGGCUGUCUCUGAAGGUUUUGUUGGUGGGAGUGAGUUUCUCUGGAUUUCUUUAUCCUCUUGUGGAUUUUUGCAUCAGUGGGAAGGCAGCAGGCCGGAGACCAAAUAUUGUGAUCAUUCUGGCUGAUGACAUGGGGUGGGGUGACCUAGGAGCAAACUGGGCAGAAACCAAGGACACUGCCAACCUGGAUAAGAUGGCUUUGGAAGGAAUGAGGUUUGUGGACUUCCAUGCGGCUGCAUCCACCUGCUCGCCGUCCCGAGCUUCCCUGCUCACUGGCCGGCUGGGUCUUCGCAACGGAGUCACACACAACUUCGCAGUCGCCUCUCUAGGGGGCCUCCCGCUCAACGAAACCACCUUGGCAGAGGUGCUGCAGCCAGCCGGCUAUGUCACCGGCAUGAUAGGCAAAUGGCAUCUAGGGCACCAUGGCUCUUAUCACCCCAACUUCCGUGGUUUUGAUUACUACUUUGGGAUCCCAUACAGCCACGACAUGGGCUGCACUGACACCCCGGGCUACAACCACCCUCCCUGCCCAGCAUGUCCACCAGGGGGUGGCCCGCCGAGGAGACACAAGAGGGCCUGUUACGUGGAUGUGGCCCUUCCUCUCUAUGAAAACCUCAACAUUGUGGAGCAGCCCGUGAACCUGAGCAGCCUUGCACAGAAGUAUGCGGAAAAAGCAGCCCAGUUCAUUGAGCAGGCAAGCGCCAGCGGAAGACCCUUCCUGCUCUAUGUGGCCCUGGCCCACAUGCAUGUCCCCAUACCUGCGACGCAGCUAUUGGCAGCCCCAGGGGGCCAAAGGCCAUACCAAGCAGGCCUCCGGGAGAUGGAUGAGCUGGUGGGUUGGAUCAAGGACAAAGUUGACCGCACGGCAAAAGAACACACAUUCAUCUGGUUUAUGGGAGACAAUGGCCCGUGGGCUCAGAAGUGUGAGCUGGCAGGCAGCGUGGGUCCUUUCCGUGGACUGUGGCAGAGCCGUCAAGGAGGGAGUCCCGCCAAGCAGACCACGUGGGAGGGAGGGCACCGGGUCCCAGCAGUGGCUUAUUGGCCCGACCGAAUCCCAGCCAAUGUCACUAGCACUGCCUUGUUAAGUGUGCUGGAUGUCUUCCCCACCGUCGUGGCCUUGGCUGGAGCCAGCCUGCCCCAAGCUCGGCACUUUGAUGGGCUCGACGUCUCCAGCGUGCUCUUGGGCAAGUCGCAGAAGGGACACAGGGUGCUGUUCCACCCCAACAGCGGGGCGGCUGGGGAGAUGGGAGCCCUGCAGGCCCUCCGCCUGGAGCAGUACAAGGCCUUCUUCGUCACCGGUGGAGCUGAAGCCUGUGAUGGGAGCAUCGGGCCAGAGCAGCGGCACGAUCCCCCACUCCUCUUCAAUCUGGAAAAGGAUGUUGCAGAAGGUGUGCCGCUCCAGAGGGGCAGCGCCGAGUACCAGGCCGUGCUGCCCCGGGUCAGGAAGGUGCUCACAGCCGUCCUGCAUGACAUUGCCAAGGACAAUGUCUCCAGAGCAGAUUACACUCAGGAUCCUUCAGCCACCCCCUGCUGUAAUCCCCAGCAUGCCACCUGCCGCUGCCAAGCUGCGUAACAGGCCGAUCUUGCUGCCAGGAGGAAGAGCCGGAAAUAGAUGACUUUGGUUAGGGCUCAUUGCUUGGUAUACUGCCCCUUCCUCAAGCUACUUGGGAGAACAGAUAUCGUGGGAUAAGGGUCCACUUACAGGCUUGGGAAUUGGGCACAGGUCGGGCAACUGAUUUUGAACUUGGGAAAUGAUGCAAAUUAAUCUCACCUGCAAGCUGAUUUUGAAGGUCAAGUAAGGCCAUGCAUGAAAAUGCCUUGCGUGUUCCCCAGUACAGAGCAGACACUUGGAGCAGCCGAGCUUCCUAAUUACGCAUUUGUACUCCUGGUUUUGCUGGCCGUUUUAGGAUAGGUUUGUGCCAACCAGUGUGGAGAGUGGAAGUUGUUCAGUGUCACUGUGUGCACACACAUCACCCAGACUCCGUGGGCCUGGGGCGGGCCAGGGGGCCCAUGCCUAGCAGGGCCCCAUGGGAAGGUCUCCCUGCUCCUCUUUUUAGGUCAGAUGAGUGGGGUUUUGCUGGUCUUGGGGUGCUGGGAUUGAACUCGUGGCCUUUACACUGAGCUGUGUUCCCCACUCCAGACAGCGUUUUGCCUCAGGUUCCCAGAGCACUGCAGGCGUGCACCCCCCGGC